AUGCCAGCCGAUUACAAUGGAACAUGGGAAAUGGUAUUAAAUGAAAACUUUGAAGGUUAUAUGAUUGCUUUAGGCAUCGAUUUUGCUACCCGUAAGAUUGCAAACCAUCUAAAACAAACAAAAGAAAUUAUUCAAGAUGGAAACAAUUUCAAGACAAAAACACUGAGCACUUUCAGAAACUAUGAAUUGAAUUAUACCACAGGAGUGGAAUUUGAAGAGCACACCAAGGGGCUUGAUAGUCGAGUUGUGAAGACAACCGUGACCUGGGAUGGUGACAAACUUGUCUGUGUCCAGAAAGGUGAAAAGAACAAUAGAGGCUGGAAACAUUGGAUUGAAGGAGAUAAACUGCAUCUAGAACUGACUUGUGAAGACCAGGUGUGCCAUCAAGUCUUCAAGAAGACAAAAUAG